ACUUUGUAAUGGGUCACGUGAUGUGUAUUGGACUGAAUCUGUGGGUUAAUGGAAGCUCACCACGUCUAGAUAGCAAGUUGAAACUGGAUUUAGAAAAUGUAGAAAUUCUAGCUAGUAAACAAGAAGAAGUUUUAACUUGGAGAGAAAAAAGCCAUGUUGAAGCUAUUCGCCUGUUUGCAGAUGGGAAUUGGGAAGGAACCACAAGAGUGUUAGACGAUAUCCUUGUGGAAUACCCAACAGACAUGCUUGCUAUAAAGAUGGCCCACAAUGUCCACUUUUUUCAAGGUCACCUACAACAUAUGCGAGACACUAUUGGUCGAGUUCUUCCGCAAUGGAAACCAACUACUCCUCUUUAUAACUACUUGUUUGGCAUGUAUGCAUAUGGAUUGGAAGAGACUAACUUCUACUCAGAAGCAGAGGAUUUUUGUCGGAAGGGUCUGGAACUGAACUGUAAAGAUGGUUGGGCCACCCACACUCUUGCCCAUGUGUUUGAAAUGCAGGGUCGAACCACUGAAGGAAUUGAUUUUCUUAGUUCUACUGUCAAGAACUGGGAGCUGAGUAACCUUUUGGCCUCUCACAAUUUUUGGCACUGGGCACUCUAUCACAUAGAACAGGGGGAGGUAGAAGCAGCAGUAGAUAUUUUUGACACACAGAUUGGAAGAAGAUUACAUUCUGGAGGGUUCUUGGAAAUUGUUGAUUGUACUUCUCUGUUAUACCGUUUGGAGCUUGAAGGAGCCAAAGUAAAGGACAGAUGGCGGGAAGUUUUAGAAGUGAAUCGCUCUCACAUUGAGGACCGUACUGUAGCUUUUUACGAUGUACAUGUUUUUAUGUCAUGUCUUGGGGCCAAUGAUGAUGAUGCAACAAAUUUGAUGAUGAAUUCCCUUGAUGAGUUUAUUAGAGAAAAUAAAGGAACAUACUGUAAUAUUUCUGCUGAUGUUGGAAUUAAGAUUAUCGAAGCUCUUCGAGCUUAUCAUGAGGGAAGUUAUGACAGAGUAGUUUCUCUGCUCUACCCUGUACGUUACAAGAUAGCUCAGAUUGGUGGAAGUAAUGCACAGCGUGACCUUUUCAACCUACUUCUCAUUCAUGCUGCUCUGAAAUCCUCCGACAGGAACCAUCACCGUCUAGCUCGAAGUCUUUUAUACGAACGAAAAUCUUUGAAAGAAUCUUCACCCAUGACGGAUCGUCUUAUGGCAAGAGCUUUAGCUUUACAUCCAGCCUAGCAUACCUUGUAUUAUUAUUUUGUAUGGUCUCUUCAGUUAUAAACCCUGGUGACCAGUAUGAGCAACCAGGGUAGUAAGUAACCAGAUGUUUCAUGUUUAAGUACAAGAACAGUUCAAAUUAUAUUACUCAGCUAACCAAGAUGUGUGAAUAUUUUGCUUAUUAAUCUAUACACAUUAAUGUAUUUUGUGAGCAUUCUUACUAACUUUUAUAAUUGUGUUCAAAAUGUAUCAUGAUGAGUUAACUGUGGAAUUAAAGCAUUUUCUA